CCUCAUCCCACUGUUGAUAUGGUGAUCAAACUGUCAUUUCCUCGAGUCACUUGAAAGCUUCAGCUAUAGGGGUGAUAAGUAUCCCAGAAGGCAUCACUGCACAAGCGAAGAAAUCAGAGUGCACCAGGAAGAGACAACGUGAUGAGCUCUGAACAGAAGUCACAAUGGAGAUGACUCUGCUGUCCAUCACAGUGUGGUUCACUCAGUUCCUCAUUGCCUCAGCUCUUUAUUUCAACACGCUGCCAGCAAACACCCAAAGCGACUACGCUGAAAUCACACAAAUAACUCCAGCAACAACAAAAACGAACCCAGAACCUGAGAUCUUUAUAAAUGCAACAUCUUCGUCACCUCUGACUGCAACAACACAGGACAGCAUAACAAAUUUACCCAGUGAAGUGCACACACUACCAAAUAUAACCCCAAAUGUGACUCUCACACAGGAAACAGCAUCCCUGCAUCAAGACAACAGCACUAGUCCAUCUCAAAAUGACAUGAUGGAUGAUGGCGUGAGUAUUGCUAUGAGCCAUGCGAUUACAAAUCAUGCAACACUUUCCACUACUAGCUUUGCAAGACUGACGCCACAAAAGGACGACAGCAAUGAAACAGGAACAAUGUCAAGUAUGAGUUACAGUUAUGAUGGGCACACUGAUCAGACUGCAGACACCUUAUCAGACUCAGUCAACAGUGUCUCGACAGCUCCCUGGAGACAUUCGACAGAGAAAGAGGAUGAGAGAACGAAGGCCGAUGAAGGAAGUUAUGAAACGAACUCCACCCAGGCCACAUUUGCCAAUACGAACGAGGAGUUGAGAGAAACACGAGGCACUGAGGGAACUUACAGUUUCUCAAGUGAACACAGAGAAGAACAACAUUACGACACAGCAGUGAACACAACUGAUGUAAGUGCUACAACAGCAACACGGAGUAACGAAUGGUCACUUUCACAAAACACAGAUGUUCCCACGACCACACCGACUUACACAACAGCACAAGACCAGACGGUUACAGAUGUGCCUGAAUAUCACACCUCAACAGGUGGAGUAAAACACUCUACGACACCACAGAGUAUACACAGGUUCACAAACUCUACAGAACCCACAGGAAGAGAAAACAGGACAGGAACAGACACACCCGGUGGUACCACCAUCACCACCAAAAACAACAUCUCUGUUAUAACGGAUGUCCUAACUGAAAUCAGCCUAAAUGCCACCACCAACAGAACAAACAAAACUGACACAGAAAACAAAGCGUGGCCUGCAUGUUUGAACCCAAAACCAGAAUCUCAUUCUCGGCAAUCCAGGCUGGUCUGCUUCAUCACAUUGUGGACUUUAGCAAUGAUUGCCACCAUAUUUCUGGGAAUAACCAUUUUCCUUUUGGUUCGUCUGUCUGUCUUCAAAAAAAAGAUGAAGCGGAGAGUGAAAGGAGGUCAGAAGUGUGAGAAGGAGAGCCUCUGGGCCGACCCAAAAGCUUCAGUGCAGGAGAGAGUGGAGUUCUGGUACAUCAAUGGAUCCACGCUGGAGGCCGAUAGGAAAGAGAAGGACAGAAGGAAACAGAAGAGGAUGAAGGGAAGAGGACAGGAUCAGGAUAACGAGGAGAACGGGCUGUGGAUUCAGCCUAGAGUGACUGUCGAUGAUAUAACAGAGUUCUGGUACGCAAACAGACGCAUGAAGGAAGAGAGGAUGCAGGACUUAUAGUCAUAAACUUUGAAAGACACCAAAGGAAACGAUUUGACAGACUUUCAGGCUUGUGCUGAAAACACAAGGGGAUUUUUAUGGGAUCUUUAAUGGUCCUUCCUACAUUAACCUUAAAUUGUCCAAGGCUAAGCACUGUAAAAAUAAAUAAAUAAAUAAAAACAACAACAAAAAAGACAACCUCUAGGUUGAUUGGACUAUUGAAUAUACAUAGACAAAUCUGACGUUAAAAAGUGAAUGAAACAGCGAGCUUAUGCUGCAAUCACAUGCUAUCGGAAUUAUUAUAAAUAUGAGU